AUGGCUACUGCUGUGGCUAAUGAUACCAAUUUGACCAAGGUUCUCGUACUUUGGUCUAAACCCAUGACACAAAAUAUUAUAUCUUCGUCUGCUAUACUCUUCGUACACUUAGUUCCAUUAAUCAACCAUUUGUGCAAGAAUAUUACAAAAGUAGACAAAUUUAUUUUGGUAGUUUCUAGUGAUGCUCUAAAAAUAUUACUUAAUGAUCAAAUUUAUGAUUUUCCACAAGUCGAACUCAUUUAUGUGUAUUAUGAUAAUGAUAGUGAUUUCGAACGAGAUAAAAAUGCUUAUCAAAUAAAGUAUUCAAAGAUUCAGUUUAUUCAUGAAAGAAAGGUAGAAACACAAAUAGUAGAAGGAAUAAUGGCUGAUCAUGCUAUUAGUCCAUCGAGACCGAUCGAACAUGAAACAAUACAUGAUGUUGCAUCAUCUAUAGAACAACGUAUUAUUGCUAAACGGUCAAAUACUAAUAGUCGUCAUUCACCAGAGCCAAAACGGCUUUCUAUGAUUACGACACAUGAUUAUUUUGUCAACAACAUUAAAGAAAUUCCGUCCAUUUAUAUGUGUCCAUUUUGUAAAUUAAUAUUUCGUGACCCUUAUCAACUCAAUUGUGGACAUCAUGCUUGUGAAUCAUGUAUUAAUCUUACAAAUAAUAAAAUGAUCUGUUCAAUAUGUUCUAGAGUUUCAUCCAGGGAAAAUAUUCGGCCUGAUCGAGAUUUCUUGAUUGAAAUGCAAAAAAAGUUAAUAUCAUGUUCGAUGUGUACUUGGAGUGGAUCUUUGGAACUCUAUCAAGAACAUAUCGGUCAAAAGCAUCACGAUAGAGAAUCUACGAUUGCCACUACAGAUAUAUAUACGCAACAGUCUGAUCAACAUAAUUGUGGCAAACCUGUAAAUAAGGCUGAAACACAUGAAGAAAUUCAGUUGAAUGUUUUUCCUCCGUCAUGUACUAUAUUUGUACCACAUAAUAGUAAUACAAUUAAUGAUCAACAUUAUAUCGAACUUUGUCAAAUACAAGACAUAAUGUGUAGCUUAUCGAAUCAUUUAAAUAUUCUAAUUAAUAAUCAACAACAAAUUCAUACUGUAAAUCAUCAUAGUCAUACAUUACUUCAAACUCUUGCUCAUAACUGCUCUUCUCUCAAGCCAUCCUGUGAAACAAAUGCUACUCUUGCUAAUGAUCUCAAAAUUAACUAUGAUCUAUUAACUCAAGAAGUUUGGUCAAUAAAACAGAUUUUAGAUGAUGCAUUACCUACAUCUUAUUGUGGCAGAUUCAUAUGGAAAAUAAGCAAUGUUCAAGAGAAAAUAGCUGAUGCAGAAUCUGAACGGCAAAAAUCGAUUUAUUCACCUCCAUUUUAUUCUUCACCAACAGGCUAUAAAAUGUGUUUAAGAUUAUUUUUAAAUGGUGAUAGUGAUGCUCGUAACACACAUAUAUCUUUAUUUUUGGUCAUUAUGCAGAAUGACUAUGAUGCUAUUCUGCACUGGCCAUUUUCUUAUGAAGUAUUAUUUCAUUUAAUUGAUCAAUCAACAUUAAAUAAUAAUCAACAUGAUAUAACUGCUUCAUUUUGGCCUGAUAUAAAAUCAAACUGUUUUCGCCGUCAUGUUAAUGCUAUGAAUCAUGGUUAUGGUAUUAAAAAAUUUCUCUCCCUUAUAGAAUUUGAACAAAAUAAAAGCCUUUAUAUAAGAGAUAAUAUUAUGUUUAUUGAAGCUAAUAUUAACUUUUUAAGCGAAAGACCAGUACUGUCGUCGAUUUUGCAUGCAGGUGGAUCACCUAAUGAUGAAGGGCAUAUCGACACAAUCAAUGAAGAUAUUAUGAAUAUAAGUUAA